AUGUGGUUUAACACUACAUAUCAUACAAGCCUCAAGAAUACACCAUUUCAAGCUCUUUAUGGUUACAGUCCACAGAAAUUUGGUCUCUUCUCUCACCAGCAGUCCACCAAUACUUCUGUAGAAGACUACUUGCAAAGAAGACAAGCUAUGGGAAUCCUACUGAAAUACACACUUGAAGAGGCACAACACAGAAUCAAACAACAGGCUGACAAAAAAAGGACUGAGAGGGUUCAUGUUGGAGACCGGGUGUAUUUAAGGUUGCAACCCUACAGACAAACAUCAGUGCAACUAAGGAGGAGUUUAAAGCUGUCAGCCAAAUUUUUUGGUCCAUGUCAAAUUACUGCUAGAAUGGGUAAAGUGGCCUACAAACUCAAUCUUCCUGCCAUUUCAAGGAUUCACCCAGUAUUCCAUGUCUCUCAAUUGAAGCCAAAGCUAGGAACAUGA